AGCCCAAAUGUUCAGCGAAUUCUUUUAGUUCGUUCCCGUUCCUCCAAGGAUGAAUCCUAAAUCGGUUGUGGCGAUAGUGCUGGUUUUAGCUUUAGUUAGAGCUGAACCAUUUCGGUUUGAUAACUACAAAGUGUACAGGAUUAAAAUAGAAGAUGAUGAUCAACUAUUUGCCCUAAAAGGCCUCUCAACUGGACCGCAACAGUUUGAAUUCAUGGAUGAACCUAAGAAAAGUGGAGAAAAAGUUGAUUUAAUUGUUCCCCCGCAUUUGCAAAGGAAUUUUGAGUCUCUUGUAAGCCAGAAGAAGAUGAAGAUUGAAUUGGCAAUUCCCAAUUUACAAAAUUUAAUUGAUCGUGAGAGUCCGAAGGAUACAGCACCAGCAUCUGUGGAAGAUUUUAGAUGGGAUCAAUACUAUGAAAUUGACAUUAUUCAUGAAUGGCUUUACCAUUUGGAGGCGCUGUAUGAUGAAGUUACCGUUAUUAAGGCUGGUGAUUCUUUUGAAGGACGAGAAAUUCUGGGUGUGAACAUCAACAGACGUCCUGGAGUUAAUCCUGGAAUUUUCAUUGAAGCCAACAUUCAUGCUAGAGAAUGGAUUACAUCAGCAUCAACAACAUGGUUCAUCAAUCAACUGUUAACUGCAUCUAUGGCACAACCUGAACUUAGAGAUUUGGCUGACAAUAUAAACUGGUACAUUUUCCCCGUGAUUAAUGUUGAUGGCUACCAGUACAGCAGGGAGCACUACAGGCUGUGGCGAAAGACUCGAUCCAAGCAGGGAUACAUUUGCACAGGGGUUGAUCCUAAUAGGAAUUUUGAUGUAUUCUGGGAGAAAGGAGGAGUUGGUUCUGCGGACAAUAUGUGUGAAAUUAUGUAUGCUGGCCCCGAAGCGUUUUCCGAAAUUGAAACUCGUUCUCUCGCUGAAUAUGUUCUGAGUGUUCAGGAAGAUUUAAAUUUGUACAUUGCUUUCCAUUCUGCUGCUCAAAUGCUUCUAAUGCCAUGGGGUCAUACUGAAGAACAAAUACCGGAGUACGAUAAUUAUUUGAGUAUACUGGAGACUGCUGUUGCGGCCCUAACUGCGCGAUAUGGCACUCAGUAUACGUAUGGAUCUAUCUACAAUACAAUCUAUCCAGCAAGUGGAAGUUCAGCUGACUGGGCCUACCACACCCUGGGAAUCCCCAGCUUUACGUACGAAUUCCGAGGAGAAAAUACUGAAACUGGGGAAAAGUAUUCAUAUGUUGCACCACCAGAUCAAAUUCUCCCAAAUGCUGAAGAAGUUCUGGACUCAUUGAUUGCGUUGAUUGGACGAGCACGAGAAUUGGGAUAUUUGUAAAAAAUUAAUUAUUAAAUUUAAC